UCGGAACGGGUGCAGGAGGAUGCCACGCUGGGCCUCCAGGGCACCGUGUACGAGAGCUGGGGGUCCAGGGACGCCAAAUACCAGGAUCUGGAUGACAGGGAGCUGGGAUUAGAGAGCCAGGAAGAGGAGAUUCCCCCUGAGGAGGUGACUGGGGAAGAGCUCGUGGACUCCCAGCACCCAGCAGAGGCCAUCGCAGAGCUGGAGCGCGUUCUGGAGAAAGAUGAGGAGGGUGUGCCAGAGAUGAGCCGGCUGUCCAUCUCCCAGAGGCUCCCCAGCACCUCAGCGGGCCGGGAGAGGAGGAAGAGGAGGCGGCUCUUCGAGCUGGCCAAGCCCAAGACCAACUGGCACGUCCUGAAGGACAGGAUGGGGUGCUGCUGCAGGGGCUAUGCGUGGAUCACCCCCCGCAUGAGGAGCCUGCAGUUCUGUGUCUACUGGCCAUCCGUGUACUGGACGGAGAGAUUUCUCGAAGACACCACCCUCACCAUCACAGUGCCGGAGGUGUCCCGCCGGGUGGAGGAGCUGGCUCGACCCAAGAGGUUCUACUCGGAGUGCUACAGCAACAACAGGACCACCUCCGUCUGGCCCAUUCCCCGGUCCACCUUGGGAUACCAAGCGUCCAGUCGCCUGAGGGAACUGGCCAGGCCGAAGAUGCGGAGCAGCAUCUGGAACACCAGCAUGUCCGAGGUGUCCCAGGUGUCCAGGGCAGCCCGGAUGGCCGUGCCCAGUCCCAGGAUCCUCCUCUUGGCCAAGCCCAGGGCUCCAGCCACCCUGCUGGAAGAGUGGGACCCCAUGCCGAAACCCAAGCCACACGUGUCCGACUACAACCGUCUCCUGCACUUGGCCAUGCCCAAGGCCCAGUCAGACAAGUGUGUUCCUGACCGAGAUCCACGCUGGGAGGUGCUGGAGAUCACCAAGAAGGCAGUGGCCAGUCCCCGGGUCAUCUUGCUGGCCAAGCCCAAGGUGCGGAAGUGCCUGAACGAGGGCUAUGACCCCUGCCGCAUCUCCCCCGCCUCCCUGGUGGCCCGGGCGUCCCCACGCCUGCACGAGCUCGCCACCCCCAAGGGCGUCACCAGAAGAGUCUGAGACUGAGAGCCGGCCUGGCCCCCGAGCCCACGCCAUGACCGGUGAACACCCGAGCGCAUCCUAACCUUGUGUGUGGGUCUGAGCGCUUGGGUCUGGAGGCAGGAGGGCAGUGGAAGAGGCCAGAGGAGGAGGUGAUGCUGAUGGUAAUGAUAAUACUUACAUUCGCAUUCAACCUGCAGCUCCUGCAGCCCUUUUUUCCCCCAGAUUUCCAUCCCCUGCCAUCGCCAGCUGCUCUGACGGCGACUCCACCCCUCACUUCACAGUUCCCCCUCGAAUUCUCCUACUCCAGCCACAUCCUGGGUGUCCACGAGCCCCGCGGACACAGGGUGACCUCCAUAACAAACCAGUGGAUGGUUUACCGAUCGAUCCUCGCAGCAACCUGGUGAGGGGGACUAGGAGUGUCCUCGUUUUGCUGAGGUUGUGACUGAGGGUCAGAUAGUUGUGACAGACCCGCAGUCCCCACGUGAGUUUCCUGGGGCAGCUGGAACAAGUCACCACAAACAGGUGGCUUAAAACAACACAGAUCUGCUCUCUGACAGUCCUGGAGGUCAGGCGUCUGACUCGGGCCUCAUGGCGCAAAACCCAGGCGUGGGCGGGGCUGGUCCCUCCGGAGGCUCCAGGGAGAAGUGGCUCCUGCCUCUUCCAGCUUCUAGAGGCGCCGCAUCCCUGGCUCGCGGUCCCUCCGUGCAUCCUCACCACCAGCAGCGCAGCAUCCCCCGUCUCUCUCUGACUCUGACCCUCCCGCCUCCCUCUAAUGAGGACCCUAUGUGGACACAGGGCCCCCUGGGAAUCCAGGAUCACCCCCAUCCAAGGGGCCUUAACUCAAUCCCACCUUCAGGGUCCCCUCUGUCCUGUGAGGUGAAGCGUCCUCAGGUCCUGGGAUCAGGACAGGGGUGUCUCUGGGGGCUGUUAUUCAGCUGAGCACAGUGGGAGAGAGAUUGCUUAUGUCUCUGGAAUCCUAGACAAAGUCUUGUGUAUCUCUGGUUCUGGCUGGGCCUCUUGGGGACCGGUUGCUGGGUCCUGAGAGACUGAUGUGUGGACUGACGUAGGCCAGCCCCUCAACAACUAUUCUCUCAGCAUCUGCCACAGGUCAGGUCCUGAGCCAUGAGUCUGAGGAUCCACAAUUAGUACCAGACUUUGGGGACAUUAAUUCACUCAAUGAUUUAAAGGACAUUUUUGAAGUAUUUAUAGACGCAAACCUGGACAGAGGUUCAGAAGAAAAAGGUUAAAAAGAAGCCCACCCUCCCCCUCCCGAUUGAUACAGUGACACAAACUGACUUGAAGCCGGUGGCCACUGCUGAGUGAAUGUUUCUGCUACUGGAGGGAGAUGGUGGCUGCACACCUGUCCAGUGAUGAUAAGACUGCUGGCUCUCUCCUCGUCACAGGGAGUGGGGACCACGGCAGCUGGAUAGCCUUGGCAGGGGCGGCUGUGAUGAGACAAGGGGCGUGUGGACCAGGGCUCACACCCUGUUUACUGGACAGGAGUUCCCGCCCUGGAAACAGGGUGUCCUGAUUCUGGCCGAGUGGACACCAAAGAUGUUUGGGCCCCAAUCCCUGAAAUCUGUGAACAUGUCACUUUAGAUGGCAAAAGGGACUCUGCAGGUGGGAUGAAAGGUUUUGAGAGAAGGAGGUUACCCUGGAUCCCCCGGGUGGGACCAAUAUGAUCACAUGUCGCAAGAGGGAGGUAGAGGAAACUGUGACACCAAAGCCACACGUGGAGGAUCGCAGCCCUCAGAGGAAGCACGGCCCCUCUCAGGGCCUCCAGGGGGAGCACGGCCUGCUGACACCGUGGUGUCUGAGCCCCAAAUAACGAAAGCGUGUUUGUUGUAGCUACUGGAUCUGUGGUGGUUUGUCACAGCAGCAAGUGGAGACUGAUACAUGUUAGAAACCACAGAAGUUCAGUGUCAACAAGUCGGAGUGUACACACCUUGGUGACAGUGUGGCUGGUGAGCAGUGACCCUCCACAAAUAAAGGGGGUGUUCUCCCUUUGGGACCCUGCAAAACACAAAAAACAAAAACCAUAAACCAACCAAGGGUCCAGAAUGACGUGCUGGUUCUCUGGUCCAAGACCUCUGCACAUUUUCACGUUCUUAUUCAAGAUGAGAAAAAACAAGCUUCACGCAGACAUCUCUCUGAGAAACACUAUUUGACUUUGGCCUACACGUAAAUCCCCAUCUUGUGAUCUGAUGCGCUGAUAGAGAAGCGUGUGUACUACAUGUUGCAGAUGUGGCUUGUGGUCAGCUUUGUUGAGCUGGGACAGACAGACAGCAAGUCUCACCAGUUUAUGAGCAGGACACAGGUACCCAGUGGCGGAGCCACCACUGUGAUCGAGACAUACAAGUUCAUCUCCGCCAAAGCCCCCUGGGGCUGCUCUCCCAGCCUGGCCUGGCCUCCAGUGUCUGCUCUCUGUCCCUACGGGGAAUGUUUCUGGAACACUGGUAAACCGGGACCCAAUGUGACUCACUGGCUCCCAACCCUGCGAUGCAUCUGGGGGUCAUUCUGAGUUUGGCCUACUCCCAGCUCCUGACAGCGCGCGUACCAGCUCUUAGCUCUUCACCGUAUUUAUGCUACACUUUCAACGUGUGUUACUGUGUCUGUUUGUUUUUUACAUUUUCAAAGUACGAUUCCUGUUUCGUGUCAGAGGUGAGGUCCCCAGGAAGCAGAUUCUGAGACCGAGAUACAGACGAAAAUGCGUGGUGCUGGCCCUGGGGGUCGCCACCCGCCCGGGGGUGCAGGACACAAGGCUGCGUGGAGGGAAAGCGGGCUGAGGGGACACAGUGGCAGCAGGUCCUAGGGGAGCGCUGCAACGUCACAGCUAUCCCCCGUUGGUCACAGGUGCUGGGCCCCCACCAGUCCCUGGAUGUGGGCGGCCCCUGUGAUGGAGGUGACACUCCUCAAAGGCCAGACCUAGGAGACGCCGCCAGGAGCCACCAGCCACCAGGAAGCAACUCCUCGUAUUUGGGGUUGGGGCGGGGGUGGAUGGUGCACACGGCUCCUGCUGUAGCCCACCCCUGGCCCUCUCAGCUCAGGGUGGUGUGUUCUGGAAAUGGUUCCUCCAGGAUCUUGUCAGAACUAUUUUUCUGGGGGAAAACUUGCAAGAAAAAGACAAAUGGGUGAACUCAGCCCCCACGGCUGCCCCUGAGCUGCAGGUGAAUGCCUCCUCCCUCACCUUGGCCAGCUCCCCCUCUGCUGGGCCCUGAGGCUCAGCUGGAGGGGUGCGAGGCCCAGCCCAGAGGCCACUUACUGCCCAAACCGGGCAGAGCAGGCCCAGGAGGAACAGGCAAGUGGACCCAGUGCUCAGUCGAGGCCCUGGACACCGCGUGCUCCCACUGCCGGGAAUGCCCUCUCCGGCCUCUAGGCUGAAGACGCUGCGUUUUUAAAAAUUGAAGUAUAGUCAGUUUACAAUGUCGUGUCAAUUUCUGGUGUAGAGCACAAUGUUUCAGUCAUACGUAUACAUACAUACAGUGAGAGAGAAUACAAAGACAUUGCUUUUUAUUUUUUUAGUUUUAUUUUAUUUACUCUUUAUUUGAAAAUCAUUCAGGUUUUCAGAAUAAUUGCAAGAAUAAGUAUAGUAAAAAAAAAAAUCUGCAUACCUUUUCCAGAUUCAGCUGUUAACACUUGGCCCUACUCACCUUACCAUUUUCCUUCUUUCUUUCUCUCCCCAAGCCCCUUCCCCAUCUGUGUUUCACAGACAUAAAAGGUGUUCUUCUGAAGUCCUUGAGAGCAAGCUGCAGAUAUCAUGGCACCUCAGCCACAUGGCACCUCAGCCCUGUCACAGCCACUUGGGCUGCUCUGACAGAAAGGCCCUGGACUGGGUGCCUUAUAAGCAACAGAGAUGUGUUUCUCACAGUCUGGAGGCUGGAGGCCAAAGUCGAGGUGGCAGCAGGGGUCUGGUGAGGAACUGCUUCCUGGUUACGAGGCUGUCUUUUCACUGGACCCUCACAGGGCAGGAGGGGCAGGGGAGCCCUCUGGGGUCUCUUGUAGAGGCACCCAUUCCAUUCAUGGGGGCUCUGCCUUCGUGACCUCAUCACCUCCCAAGGGCCCCACUUGCAAAUACCUUCACACCGAGGACUAUGUUUCAACACAGGAAUUUUUUGGAUACACAGCCACUUAGUCUACAGUAACCCCUCAAUACUUCAGCGUGAAUUUUCUAAGAAUAUUCUCUCACAUGACCACAGAAGAGCUACUGAUUUCAGUAAACUUAACAUUGAUGCAUUAUGUUUAUCCUUCCCCCACCUGACUUCAGUUUUGUCAACUGGUCUAACAGCUUCCUACAGGAUCCCUACAGGAUCCAGCCUGGGACCAGGCAUUGCCUUUAGUUGUAAUGUCUGGAAGAUUUCCUCAGAUCAGUGUUUUAUGGCACUAACAUUUCUGGAGAACACUGUCCUUCUCCCCCGCGCCCCCUGCCAUUUAAUAGGAUGUUCCUUAUUUGGGGUUUGUGAGAAGUCUCCUCAAAUAAAGACCCAGGUUAUGCG